GAGGAUACUAUGGAUGAGGACACUGAGGACAUCAGGGUCCUGGAGAGGGCCGUCCAGGGGCAUCAGGAGUCCCUACAGAGCGAGAACGUCCCCGGGGAGAUGGAGGGGGAGCAGACCUGGCCCACAGAGGAGGAGAUGGCCGAGGCUGAAGCUGCUUUAAAGGCUAAGACAAAACUGGUGAAGAGGGUUCCUAAAGGGACAUCAGAAUAUCAGGCCUCCUGGAUUGUGGACAGCGAGGAAGAGGAGAUAAAUGAUGAUGAUGAGAGUGAUGACAGUGAUGAGGAUAUGGAGGAAGAAGACAUGAUGGCCGUUGAUGCCUCGGGGUCAGAAUCAGGAGAGGAAGUGGAGUAUGACACAUUGACAGUAACAGAGGCUGGAGAUGUGGCUAAUUAUGACCAGACAAUAGACAUGGAUGAAGAAGAGAGAAUACUGGAGAAAAUCAAAGAAGAGAGAAGUCAUGUUAUGUUUCCCGAUGAAAUUGACACCCCAAGAGAGAAGGAUGCAAGAGAUCGAUUUCAGAGGUAUCGGGGGUUGAAGAGUUUCAGAACCUCCCCUUGGGAUCCUAAAGAAAAUCUCCCCUCGGACUACGCCAGGAUUUUCCAAUUUAAAGAUUUCAAAAGGACAAAGAAGAGGAUUUUGAAGAAUUUAGAAGACGAGGGAGUCAUGAGUGGCUGGUAUAUACAAAUCCAUAUUUCCAAUGUGCCAAAAGAUUUUAUAACAUCCUAUAAACCUGGCACACCUGUUGUGAUUUUUGGCCUGCUGCCACAUGAACACAAGAUGUCUGUUCUUAACUUCCUGUUGAGGCGGGUACCAGAAUACAGGCCACCAAUCAAGUCCAAGGACAGGUUUAUCUUCCAUGUUGGAUUUCGGAGAUACUCUGCAUGUCCGAUUUUCUCACAGCACACAAAUGCUAACAAACACAAGUUUGAAAGGUUUUUUGCCCAUGAUACCGUCACCAUGGCUACCAUUUUUGCGCCAAUAUCUUUUCCUCCAUGUCCUGUCCUAGUGUUUAAAGAACAACAUGAUGGUCAGCAUGAGUUAGUAGCUACGGGAAGCUUACACUCGGUAGAUCCCGACAGAAUCAUCACCAAACGUAUCGUACUCAGUGGCCAUCCCUUCAAAAUCAACAAACGGUCAGCUGUCGUCAGAUACAUGUUCUUCAACAGAGAGGAUAUUGAGUGGUUCAAACCUGUGGAACUCCGCACGAAAUGGGGAAGAAGAGGCCACAUCAGGGAACCUCUAGGAACCCAUGGUCACAUGAAGUGUGUGUUUGAUGGACAUCUGAAAUCGCAGGACACAGUGUUGAUGAACUUGUACAAGAGAAUGUUUCCAAAAUGGUCCUACAAUCCCACGGUACUAAACCCACCUCCAAUGCUGGAGAGUUCUAAUGCUAUGACAGCUGAACCAUCAGGCUAUCAGUUGUUUGAUGACUAGAUACUUAUGCUUAUAUUUGUUUUAAUAAAGGCUCAAAAAUU